AUGGAAGCAAGCUCUUCAACCAGUUCAAGCUUGAGGAGGAGAGCUCCAUUGAGGUGCUACUGUGCUGAAAAACCAGUGUUAGUCAUUUCGUGGACAGUAGACAACCCUGGCAGAAGGUUUAUGGUUGUCCAAACUACUGGGUAUUUCAAUUUGAGUAUUUUGUUUUACUGGGGUUCAGUUGGACGUAAGUGUAAAUACUUCCAAUGGCUUGAUGAUGAGAUAUGUGAACGUGAUAAGGUGCUCAUCCCAAAGCAAAGGCAACAGAUUAUCAGACUAGAGGCCGAGGUUGCAAGAUGCUACAAGAGAGAGAAGUUUUUACACUGUGGCUUUGGCAUUCUUAUUGGUGAUAUGUGGGAUUUGUCUUUGUAA